AGCAAAUCUGAAGGGCAUUGUGUUUGCAUACAUGAUCACAUAGCCUUCACACAAACUUCCCACCCGCUUCAAGUGAUGCAAUGAAUUGUUUCCCUGGUCGCAAAAUGCUAGAAUGCUAGAUAUCUGGUCGACACCAUUCGCUGCAUAUGGCUGGCAGAAGGCUGCUCGAUGCAGCCAGGCUUUUCGGAGCGGGCGCUUCGAUAGCUAGACAACAUAUCGUACUUCGCCGCCAACAAUUAGAUGUUUUCACCAAGACCUCGAGCCUCGCCAGAGCAGUCAAAAAUCAGACGGAUAAGGUCACAGUGACUGUCGGCGCAGCAGUCGAACUCGGGAAAAGGCUUAAUGAGACUGGGCCCCAAUGGCGCGAGGACAGACCACAUCCGAACGAUACGAAUGCUGCGUUCGCAUCACGCACAUCGGCACCACCUGAUACUAGGGAUGCACAGUCACAUAGCUCGCAGGUCUAUUACGAUGGCCCUGUACCGAAAGCUACACUACGUGGAGAAGAGUUCCCCACGGCCGCUGUUGAUACACAGACUAUACAUGGGUCGGGUCUGGGACAGGAUACAUUUAAUCAAAGAUCUGGAAAUGUAAAAGGACAAUCGUCAUCGUUACCGUUUGAGCAGAUUCCGACGCAUGCCGCAGGAUCGACCCAAACUCCGGCAGAACAGGCGAGCCUGGGUAUAAAUCAAGAUGUCUUUCCGGACCCAGGCGACAAGCUCGAAGCUGCUGGGCCUUCUCGAGCAUCGGAUGCAGAUAGCAGCGCAGAUGUGCUAUCUUCCAUUGGAGUAUCAAGAAUAGCGGGUCGAGGACGGCUCGGACUAAGCAAUCCUUACGGCUCGCGUGGAAAACUGCCUUCCAAACCGCUCCCAGAAAUGGUCGAGGCGUCAAAGCGAUGGCAGAAGGAGCGAGAAGCUGCUCCUGUGGAGUCGAAGACAUCACAGCCGGCACAGGAUGAACUGAGACAACAGCAGGACGACACAGACACAGCUGCUCUAGCAUCGUCCCUUGCUGAAGAGGUCGAGUCGCAAAAGAAGGACACUCCGUAUAAAAUGCGCGAGUCAAGAGUACCUUCAUCCCGUUUCGGUCGUUUAUGGCAGUACGGAGGACUAGCCACGAGCAUGGCAUUCGGGGCAAUGGGCGAAGGAAUUCGGCGAAUUGCUGGCGGUACUGGUGAGGGCAGUCUCAUGCUCAGUGAGGGCAACAUGAAUCGCUUGGUCGCGAAAUUGAGUCGGAUGCGUGGUGCCGCCCUAAAGCUGGGUCAGAUGAUUAGCUUCCAGGAUUCGAAAGUCCUGCCUGCUACAAUCAACACUGUACUUCAGCGAGUGCAGGACAGUGCCGACUAUAUGCCUGCCUCUCAACGCGACAAAGUCCUCAUACGAAAUUUAGGCCCACAUUGGCGGGAUCUCUUCUCGGAGUUUGCUGAUCGGCCAUUUGCCGCCGCAUCUAUCGGACAGGUGCAUAAAGCUACCCUCAAAUCUAACGGUAAAGCGGUGGCUGUGAAGAUUCAGUAUCCGGGAGUGCGAAACAGCAUAGAUUCCGAUCUCAACAACCUCUCCCUCCUGCUCACUGCCAGUCAGCUCCUACCUCGAGGUCUCUUCCUCGACAAGACCAUUGCGAACGCGCGAACAGAACUUGGCUGGGAAUGCGACUACGAGCGCGAAGCCAAGGCCUGCAUCCGCUUCAAGACCGAGUUGCUGGCAGACGAAUCCGACAUCUUCGCUGUCCCAACCGUAUACACCGAAGCUUCAGGACCUGACGUCCUCACAGCUGAAUUUAUGCACGGCACCGGCGUCACCAAAAUUGCAGACCUCUCGCAAGACGAACGGAACUGGAUCGGCUCCAACAUCCUCCGCCUCUGCCUCCGAGAACUGAUGGAAUGGCAAUUCAUGCAGACCGAUCCCAACUGGACCAAUUUCCUCUACAACCGCUCGACGCAGAAUCUCGAACUGCUCGACUUCGGCGCCAGCCGCGACUUCCCCAAGGAAUUCGUCGAGCCCUACGUCGCACUCCUGAUCGCCGCCUCCAGGGGCGACCGCGACGCGUGUGUGAAAUACUCCAUCGACCUUGGCUAUCUCACCGGCGCGGAGAGCAAGGAGAUGCUCCGAGCCCACGUCGAUUCCAUCCUGACACUAGCGGAGCCGUUUGUGCAGAACGCGCCCGAGGUUUACGACUUCGAGGAUCAAACCAUCACGGACCGCGUGCGCGCGAAUAUCGGGUUAAUGCUAAGGGAGAGAAUGGCGCCGCCUCCGGAGGAGACGUAUUCGCUACAUCGGAAGUUGAGCGGUGCAUUUUUGCUCUGUGCCCGGUUGAGGAGUAAGGUCGAGGCUAGAGAGAUGUUCGCCACAGCGGUGAAGGUUUGGGAGGGGAGGGAGAAAAGUGUCAAAUCAUAGAUCAUUUUCUUCAUGUUGUAACAAAAGUAUACCAGUAAAUCAUGGAUCCUUUAUACCUCUUAGCAGUGUAACAGUAUUAGUCGAUUCUCUCAUGGUCACUUGACUGU